AUGCGCGGCUUCCUCUUCUUCGCCAUGCUUUUGGCGGUGAUCUACGCCGACGACGCGAACACGUUCGACUGUAUGACGUGCGAUCGGCGCGUAAGGCAGGCAUGUCUGGAUAUGGAGCCGGGCAAUCGGAUGUGCAAGGAGCAGCAGAUGCAGGAUGGGCACUUUGCGCGCUGCGUGGGUGGUCCCCGUUUCGGCGGAAAGCACUGCAACGAGACGACGCAGUGCGGCUGGAAGACUGCCUACGCCGACAAGGAUGGAAAUUGCAUCUGCACUGGGGAUGACGCGGACUGCAUUCUGCGUUGCCCCAAGGGUCUCGGCGGCCCGAAGUGCAACAUGAAAUGCGAGGAGAGCGGAAACGACUGCUUGGGAUACUGUAGCCUGAUGCAGUCGUGGAACGUCUCCGCCGUGCCCAGCAUCACCUGCGACCUCGACAAGUUUCCCUGCAAGAACCCUAAGCACGCGUUCUUCUUCUACGACGAGCUGUGCACGAAGCGUUGUCCGAUCGUCGAGCUCGGCCCCAACGACACUAUGCCGACCGACGAGCCGCUGAACAGCUCCAACCGCUCCACAACUCCAGCCCCGUCGUCAAAACUGCCCCCUCGCGACAACAAGCCCUCUCUUCAGGGGGAGCGCACCAAGUUGGGCAAGAUCAUCCUCCCGAAGUGCAACCGCACCUGGUCGCUGGCCGUCUCGCCGCCGAGCUUCUGCACGCCGGUGAUGCAGUGCGAGGGGAACCAGACAUCAACGAACACAACCGAAUGCUUCUCGUGCCACGAGGGUUGCCUGUCUGGAGAUGAGGACUUUACUUGCUGCAAAGACGUGCAAAACGAGCCGCUCGAAGCUACGGACCCUCCAGAGGAGCCCGACAACUAUUGGGUGAUUGCUGCCAGCAUCCUCGGCCUCAUCCUCCUCACGCUCGUGCUCGUCUCGAUGGUCGCCUGGUGGGCGGUGACCAAGGACGUGAAGAAGCAGCGCAAGCGCGGCAAGGCCAAGAUUCUGGAUGCUGGCGAGGAUGAGGAUGACACGUACGAUGGGCCAAAAUCUGGUUCCUCUCAGCGUCCGUCUGGGUCCCGCGGCGGCAGGAAGAAGUCGUCAAAGUCGAAUAGCAGCCGUCGCGAGGUGAACAACAACAAGUCGUCGAGCCGCACGAAGAUGAGCCCGCGAGAUGCUGGGAAUCAGGAGUCCCAUGACCAGAGAGUACUCUACCAUCCAACCGGGGCUUGCCUACACUGUGCCGCUCCAGCACAGCUAAAAACGUCC